UUUCUUAAUAGAUGGCGAUAACCAUGGCACUUAAACAUAAUCUUUUGAAGCGACCAGAAAACCGCACAAAGAAGUUUUAUAAUGUUUUCGGUCACCAAGGCUACCUUUGUUUGAUCCAUAAAUAGAGUAAAUCCAAGCAGAGAUGACCUCCUGCAUUUGCUUGGGUCCCAAAAGAUCGGGCAAGACGCACCUGCUGAAGGCUCUACAGGAUCCGGACUCCAUCGACGAGAACUCCUACUCCAUGCCCACCAUUGGCACUGGGAUAUAUCGCAUCCACUUUCCAACAAAAUCGCCCAAUGGAGAUAAGCCCAGGCCGCCUCCCACAGACCCCCAGGUGGACAUACCGCAUGGUGGCAAGAACCUGCCCAAAUCCAUUCAGAUCCUGGAGAUCGGAGGGAGCAUGGCUCCUCUGUGGCGCCAGUACUUCGAGGACGUGAAGAAGCUGAUUUACGUGGUCGACACUUCGAAUCUCUGCCAGAUUUCAGCAGCCGGCGUUCUGUUCUACUCGAUCCUCACCGAACCGCGUCUUCAAAAGGUCAAGAUCCUCCUGGUCUUGGCCAAAAUGGACUACUCCUACCGCCAGAUGCGGAACGAGGCUCUGCUCAUGCUGCAGAUGUCCAAGUUGCAGAAGCAGAUCCGCCAGCAGGUGACCAUCGUGGAGGCCAGUGCGGUGACCAAAGUGGGUCUGAAUCCCAUCUACGACUGGCUGCAGAGGCCCUAAAAAUAAAUUGAACCAUGUAAUAAAAA